GCUUGUGCUGGGUUGCCUCUUGAGUUGGGUAGUGUGCUGGCUGGCGAUUGAGUGAUUGACUAUCAGUGUGGGAACACCAGCCUAUUGAACGGGAGGUGUCUGACUGUGAGCAACAAUCACUCCUGCAGUUUGGGGCUUUUUUUUUCAACAGACCGAGCCCAUCAAAAGGCGUUUCUAAUGCAAAAGGACUGAGCCGAAACAUUCUGCGAAGUUGCGGGUCCGCCGCGACCCCCCUCCCUCGCCACCUGCCUGCAACCCCCCGGCAGCCGGCGCGUAUUGGGGAGAUGGCGAUGCUGCUCGACGGUGGAGCCCAGUUCCCCACCCUGGGGGUGGGUGCUUUCGGCAGCCCCCGGCAUCAUGACAUGUCGAGCCGGGAGCCCACUCUGGGGCUCGGCGCCUUCUGCGACUCGCCGCAUCCCGGAGCGUUCAAACUCAACCCGGGGGCUCACGAGAUCUCGGCCGGACAGACUUCGGCUUUCACCCCUCAGGCAUCAGGCUACGCUGCCGCCUUGGCUCCUCACGCCGGCCAGGUUUGUUCCUACGGCGGGACGCCGUUCAACUCCAGCCGGGAGUUCCUGUUCCGCAACCGGAGCGGCGCGAUCGGAGAGUCCGGUCCCGCCGGCUCCCAGCACGGCCUUUUUGCAUCGGCGUCCGCAGCGAUGCACGGACCCCCGGGCAUGGUCGACCCCCCGGGACACCUACUAUUCCCUGGACUACACGAGCAACCCUCCAGCCACUCGUCGCCCGCUGGACACGUCGUGAACGGCCCGAUGCGGCUCGGCUUGCAAGGGGACCUGUUCGGGAGAGGUGACCCUUACCGAGGCGUGGGCAACCCGAGGAACGAGCCCUACUCGGCCGCUCCGCUACACAACUACAGCCCGAUGAACAUGACGGUGGGAAUGAACGUGGCGGGGCACCAGGGGCCCGGGGCUUUCUUCCGCUACAUGCGGCAGCCCAUCAAGCAGGAACUGCCCUGCAAGUGGGUGGAAGAGGUUCAGGCCAGUCGCGGCAAAAGCGCUUGCGAGCGGACAUUCGGCAGCAUGCACGAACUGGUGGCCCAUCUCGCCGUGGAACAUGUCGGCGGCCCCGAGCACUCUCCCCACAUCUGCCACUGGGAGCACUGCCCCAGAGCGGGCAAGUCCUUUAAGGCCAAAUACAAACUCAUCAACCACAUCCGUGUGCACACGGGCGAGAAACCCUUCCCCUGCCCCUUCUCCGGCUGCGGGAAAGUGUUCGCCAGGUCGGAAAACCUGAAGAUCCAUAAACGGACUCAUACAGGUGAGAAGCCAUUUAAGUGCGAGUUCGAGGGCUGCGACCGGCGGUUCGCCAACAGUAGCGACCGCAAGAAGCACAUGCAUGUGCACACGUCGGACAAGCCGUACAUCUGCAGGAUGUGUGACAAGUCGUAUACCCACCCCAGCUCCCUCCGCAAGCACAUGAAGGUCCACGAAUCUCAGGGUUCGGACUCGUCGCCUGCGCCGAGCUCCGGGUAUGAGUCGUCCACUCCCCCGGCCCUGCUCUCAUCCAACAGCGAAGACCCCAGGAAGAGCGGGGCACCGGGCGCUCAGCACAACCCCAGCCACAACCCGCCGCUACCCCCCAAUUUUAACGAGUGGUACGUGUGAUGGCCGGGGACUGGGGAGAAGGGUGCCGGCGCCUCGCCAACUCGGACCUGUUGAACCUUUGCCCGGCACAAAGCUGCCGAUUGCAAGCGGCUGCGGUUGGCUCCGUUUUCAAGGCAAAAAAAAUUGCCGAUCGCCACCGAGAGCACAUUUAGGAUUUCAACCGAUUGCAUCGGCGCGUCAGAGGUGAUGAAUUUUGUUUGGUUGACUUAGCGGUAUUUGUUGGUGGGGUGGGACGUCGCUAUUCGCUGUGAAUUCAUGGCGUCUGCGAGGUAAAAUCCAGACAGUCUUAAAAGAAAGUGCCAAAGUCCUGUUAUGUCUUGAAGUUAAAACAAUCCUUGUGAAUGUAUUUCCUGUCUGACUGGGUCAAAGUUGUAGUUGUGCCAUGCUUAUCGCGGGUCGCGCCGCCGUGUUACCCGCGCACAUUGUGACAAUUGAACGUUGCCUUUUUUUGUAACAACUACUUUCUGUAAAUAUACAUAUUCAUGAUGUCAUAUUUAUCACUUUGUAAUUUAAUUGUCGAUAUUUACGUGACAUGCUGAAACGAUAUUUAUGAUGAAUUGUUUUCUAACAAACCCUAUGUACAGUUUUUUUUGGAAAAGGAAUUAUAACAAAGUUAACAUUAAACAAUUUUCAUUUACAAACGAA